AUUUGGGAGUUGACAGUCCACAGAAAAGCCUGUUACAUGCUCUCCUCUCCCAUGAUCCCCUGCACUCACACGUGUCCCUGGUGAGCAGAAGGGUUUGCUGUAUUCCGUAUUUGCAUUUGUCUCUACUGUCCUAUCUGUCUGCCUCUCCCUUUAGGAGUCCCACCCAUCUUUCAAGUUCAGAUACAGCCUUGCAUCUAUGCAGCAGAGGAAGUUCCCUCUUUAUCCAGCUGCAUCACACAUAUGAUGACUUGGUCUCAAAUACUGACAUCCUCUUUCUCGAAUCAAGUGCAACUGAGAAGUUGUCUAGGACGUAAACAAGAGAUACCUAAAGGAAAUUCAGGUUGAGCUUCGAGUUCUUGCAAGGUGUUGGCAUCUGUCACCACCACAGCCAGGAGAGGAGACAGGACCAUGUGGCUGUUCCCUGCUCUGCUCCUCUUCCUCCCAGGCUGCUCCACUGCUCCGGAUCCAAUCACAGGGCCAGACACGAUGAGGGGUCAGGAGCAGGGCUCCUUGACUGUGCAGUUCCAUUAUGACUCAUCCUGGAAGGAUUACAAGAAGUUCUGGUGCCGAGGAGCUGAUUUGAGAACAUGUGAGAUCCUCAUUCAAACCGAUGCAUCAAAGCAGUUGGUAAGGAAGAACCGUGUGUCCAUCAGGGACGACCAGACAAACUUCAUCGUCACAGUGAUCAUGGAGGACCUGAGGAUAAGCGAUGCUGGCAUUUACUGGUGUGCGAUUCAGAGAACUGGCUCUGAUCCCCAUUUUAAAGUUAAUGUGAACAUUGACCCAGCCCCAGAAACUUCAACUAAAAUAAUGUCAGUCAUGGCCCCAGUUCUGACAUCCACACCACCAACCAUGGAGAACACUGGCAACUAUGGAGGGACUCAAACCAACACCCACACCUGGUCCCUGCUGAGCAGCAUCUACUUCAAGCUCCUGGUCUUUCUGGAGGUGCCCCUGCUCCUGAGCAUGCUCAGUGCAGUCCUCUGGGUGAACAGGCCUCAGAGGUGCUCUGGGGGAGAUGAAGUUGGCCUGGUGAAAGUACACAGUUCUGAUGCCCAGUAAAGACAGAAAUACUUUCCAAAUGAAAGAAAAUGAUACCUCUCACCUGGGUGUGUGUGUGUGUGUGUGUGUGUGUGUGUGUGUGUGUGUGUGUGUGUGUUUAUACACUGUGGGUGCAUAUGUGUAUGUAGAGGACAAAUUCAGGUGUCAUUGUACUAUUGUCUGAGACAGGAUUUCUCAUUGCUCUGACCUUUGCUUAAGUAGACCAGGCUAGCUGGUGGAGAAAUCCAGGGACCUACCUGACUCUACCUCCUAGCUGG